CCCGCUAACAACAAUAACUUGUUAGGCUCAAAUCACCGGCGUGUAGAUCUCACACUUUCGACUUAUUAACGAUUCGAUCCGUUAGCAAUAAUAACUCGUUGGAUCAAAAUCAUCGGCCCAAAAUACUUAAGCUCGGUUAUUAUUACUAGUGCGCGAGACCUCAUAUAAAUUUAUCGGAAUCAAUAUCCCACUGAUGUGGGACUAUUGGGGCGUAACAUAGCCUCCACUGUUUGAGUGUUGCAAGCUUUCUUCCUUCCUUCCCGCCAUGUGAUUAUUUCCCGCGCUACCGGCAACCCCACCGCCAGCAGAAGAAGAGGCAGAAGCGGCAGAGCCAUGGCGAUGGAGCAGCUUCUGAGCAUGGGCUUCUCCGAAGAGCUCGCCUCGGAGGCGCUCGCCGCCACGGGCGGCCACUCCCCCUCCGCAUCCGCCGCCGCCGAUUGGAUCCUCUCCCGUUCCGAAUCCUCCUCCACCCCCACUACGAAACGCUCCCCCAUCAUCGGCAGCAACAACAACCAUUCCUCCGCCUCACAUUCCCAACCCACCCUCGCCCGCUUCUUCCCUCUCCCCAACCCAAACCCCAACAUCAGCCCCAACUCUUCCCCUUCCUCCUCCUCCUCAAAACGCCCCCACCUCGCCCCGCUCUCCGAGCGCAUGCGCCCCACAUCCCUCGACUCCAUCGUCGGCCAACCCCACCUUCUGGGCCCCGCCUCCCUCUUCCUCGUCCACGGCUCCUCCCCCUCCCCCUCCUCCCCCUCCCUCAUCCUCUGGGGCCCCCCGGGCUGCGGCAAAACCUCCCUCGCCCGCGCCCUCUCCAAUUCCAAUUCCUCCGAUUCCUGCCUCUUCGUCCCCCUCUCCGCCGUCUCCGCCUCCGUCCGCGACCUCCGCGACGCCGCCGCCGCCGCCCGCCGCCGCCUCCCCCGCACCCGCACCGUCCUCUUCGUCGACGAGAUCCACCGCUUCUCCCGAUCCCAGCAGGACGCGCUCCUCCCCGCCCUCGAGGACGGCUCCCUCGCCCUCCUCGGCGCCACCACCGAGAACCCCUCCUUCCACCUCUCCACCCCGCUCCUCUCCCGCUGCCGCGUCCUCGCCCUCCGCCCCCUCUCCCCCGCCCACGUCCGGUCCCUCCUCGCCCGCGCGAUCUCCGACCCCGACCGCGGCCUCCCCCUCACCACCCGCUCCCCCGUCUCCGUCGACCCCGACGCCGUCGAAUUCCUCUCCCUCAACUGCGACGGCGACGCCCGCGUCGCCCUCAACGCCUUAGAGCUGGCCGCCUCCUUGGCCGCCGCGCAACACAAUUCCCCAUCCGGCGACCGCGAAGCCGAAACCGUCGCGGCGGUCUCCGUCGCCCGCGCCAAGGAAGCAAUGCAGUGCAAGCACCUGGCGUACGAUCGGGCCGGCGACGAGCACUACAACCUGAUCAGCGCGCUGCAUAAGUCGAUGCGCGGGAGCGACCCCGACGCCGCCAUUUACUGGCUCGCGCGGAUGCUCGAGGGCGGGGAGCAGCCGCUCUACAUCGCGCGCCGCCUCGUCCGGUUCGCGAGCGAGGACGUCGGGCUCGCCGACCCGGCCGCGCUGGGCCACGCCGUCGCUUGCUACCAGGCGUGCCACUUCCUUGGCAUGCCCGAGUGUGACGUUUGCCUCGCCCAGUGCGCCGCCUACUUAGCGCGCGCGCCCAAGUCGGUGGCGGUCUACCGGGCGCUGAGCGAGGCGAGGAGGGUCGUGCAGGAGUCGGUCGGGGGGAACGAGGGGGUGCCGCUGCACCUCAGGAAUGCGCCCACCAGGUUGAUGAAGGAAUUCGGCUAUGGGAAGGAUUACUUGUAUCCGCCAGAUCACGAGGAUUGCUCGUCGCAGACCUACAUGCCGCCGUCGCUUCAGGGCCGCAGGUUCCUCGAUUGGCCGCCCGCUGAAUAGAAGAAGCCGCGAUGAAAAUUGGGUACUUUUUUUUAAUAAAUUUCUUGCUUUCUCUCUGCUUUUGACGGUUUCUUGUUAAAGAUAUGAUGGUCUUCAUAGGUAGGAUGCUGUAUGCAAGUUUUGGCGAUCCUCUGAUAAAACUAUAGAUGUAUAUAUUUAACUGGUGGUAAAUUGUUUUUGGUAUUGUCGCGUU